AUGGCGGCGACAAAGCAGGGGUUUCCGGCGAAAGGAAUUUACUACAGCAGACUCAGUGAACAGCCCGAGAUUGGCUUAUCACACGGUCCUACAGAGUCACCAGUAAGAAAAAGAUCACUAGUGGGACCUGAUUUGGUGCCACAUAUGACUGGAUUUUCUCAGGGUAUCAUACCACCGGGAUCUUCGGUCGAGAGACAUGUGCACCCGUCGAAGUACGAAACUUUCUACUGUUUGAAAGGCCAAGGAAAAUUCAUCGUAGGGUCCAGCGAGGAGACUUGUAAAGAUGAUAUGGAGUUUGAAUUAGAGCCAGGAUGCUGUAUAACAGUGGCACCGCAGUUUUGGCAUUCAGUGCAUAAUACUGGUGACACGGAUGUGAUAUUGCUCUACUUUGGUGUGGCGUGUUAG